GGAAAGUUAAUCAGUUCAAUAUUUGGGUCAACUUCUUGAAAAACAUUUAUUUUCAGUUCCCAGUGUUUUAGAAAGUGUUAUAUUAUGUCUCAUUGUUAUUUGUUUACAUCAGGUCACAGGACAGUGUGGCCUGAUGAGAACACGGGUCCGUUCGGGCCUCAGGACCAGCGCUUCCAGCUGCCAGGUAACACAGGCUUCGACUGCCACCUGGAGGGCACAGCGGAACAGAAAAUUAAAGGCCCAGUCCACCAGUCAGUGCCCGAUGUACUGUCUGCCCUCUCCAGCAGCGAGAGGUAUGAGUUCCUCCUGGCUCAUGUUGUCGGAGAGGUCCAAGGGAAAGAGGCCACUCCCCCAGAACAAACGGUCAACAGAACAGAACAGUACUUUGAGAACUCCAAUGUGGAGUGUGCCAUACAGCCCUGCCCUGAGCUGCUGAAGAAAGAGUUUGAGUCAAUGUUCCCUGAGGCCCCUAACAACAUCAUGACGGUUGUCACAGUCACCCAGAAGACGCAGAAUGACAUGACAGCGUGGUGUGAGGCAGUGGACAAAGAGAGGGAGUUGAUGCUAGAUGAAGUGAUUUGUUGUGGUGCCAAAGAGAUAUGUUAUGCCCUGAGGACAGAAGGCUUCUGGGCUGACUUCAUCGACCCAUCGUCAGGCAUGGCGUUCUUCGGGUCGUACACCAACAACACACUGUUUGAGACCGACGAGCGGUACUGUAACCUGGGCUUCAGCAUCGAAGACCUGGGCUGCUGCAAAGUCAUCCGCCACACCUUGUGGGGAACACAUGUUUUUGUGGGGACAGUUUUCACCAACGCACCUCCCGAUAGCCAUAUCAUGAAGAAGCUGCAAGGGAACUUACCCUGAAUGAUGGGAGAGUGUCUGGCAUGUGGUUGCUAUUAUACCUUGAUGUGUCAUGGCUCUACACAGGCCUCAACUACUGUUUGGAGAGCUGUUUGUUGUUCACAUUUCUAUAGAAACCCUCAAAAUAGUACUAUGGUGAAAUACCCACACACAUGGUCCCUGAGGGUUUUACCAUGAGAGUAUAUGUAUUUUUUGUGUCUAUGUGCCAGACAGUGUUUUUUUUCCCUUCGGUGUGUUGUGGUUGAAGGCCUGAUUUUGAAAAGGGUCUCUCUUGCUAAAUAGAUUUUUAUCUCAGAGACUUAACUGUAGAAAUAAAGGUUAUAUUGAAUGUGAAAUAGAAAGUGAUUAAAGGUGGGUUGACUCUGUCCAGUUAGUAGAAUAAGUCAUGUAGUUAGAUAUAAAGACAAUAAGUUAUGUAGUUAGAUAUAAAGACAAUAAGUCAUGUAGUUAGAUAUAAAGCUGGGUUGACUCUGUCCAGUUAGUAGAAUAAGUCAUGUAGUUAGAUAUAAAGACAAUAAGUCAUAUAGUUAGAUAUAAAGACAA